AAACCUGAAACAAGUCCGUGUAACAAUGUUUGCUAUAAAAUUCGAACCCCCGAAAUCCAUCCAUUUCUGAUAGGCCUACAUCAGAAGCAAAUGUUGUAUAUUCCCUUUCAUGUCAAACGAAAUACCAGAUCCUGCCUCGUGUUAGAAUCAAAUUCAGAAACCAUGUCACGUCAUACGCGUAUCUAAUACUAAACGCCCAUUAUGCCAUUAGAUAUCUGUCAAUGCAAGAUACACCACUCCAAGUUCGUGUGGGCUCCAGGCUAUGUGAUCUGUAUACCGCAGCGCUGUACGAAACGGUCCAUAUAUCGUCAGUCGAGCGGAGCGCGCCCCGAACCGAGAACGGGCUUUCGACGCAACUCGUCUGAGUAUCAUCGUUGUGUACUCUCGUAAACUUGAUAUCGCGGUGUGGGAAAAAAAAAACUAGAAACCAGGCCGUACACCUUGGACAGGGACUCAAUGUACCUGUCGUCCAAAUUCUUGGGAUGUAGAUUUCUGGUGCAGUUUAACGGUUCACGUCUUUCAGGUACACUCAUGAUGGUCGACCACCAGUAUAAUUGUUCAGCCGACUAGAGGUGGCCGACUCCCAGCAGCAGGAGACAGGGCUUUCUCUACCUCCGCCAUGGGGGACGGUAUAACCCCAGACGUCGCCAGGGAGAGGUACUUCGUCGCGGCCAUAAAAGGCGACGUUAAGGGCAUGAAAGACAGCCUGGAAAAGAGGCUACAGCACAAUCUGGAUAUCGACUGCACCGACGCUAGCGGGCGCACUGCUCUUCACGUAGCCAUCGAAAACGGCAACCUGGGUGUGAUUUACCCUCUGUUGGAGCAUGGAGUCCAGGUCAAAGAUGCAGUACUACGAGCCGUGGAGCAUGACUUCGCUGAGGCGGUGCGACUCCUAUGUGCCCAAGCCCACAAACUAAAGGAUGCUACCGAGAGGCAGCAUAUCAUCGACUGCCACUGCGCCAACGAUGAUUUCCAUCCGGACAUCACACCCAUUAUCCUAGCUGCUCAGAGGAAGAACUUCCCGAUGGUCAAGAUCCUUCUGGAGAACGACUUACGCAUCCCGCAGGUCCACGCGGCCGACUUCGAGACGGCCGCCAAGGACAGCUUCCAGCGCUCGGUCGGCACCAUGGAGAUCUACAAGGGUCUAGCCAGCGAGGCGUACGUGGCUAUGGCCAGCAAAGAUCCGGUCAACCGGGCCUUCACGCUGUGCGAUGAGCUGCGACGGCUGGGGGAGAUCGAGAUCGAGUUCAAGAUGGGCUACAACGCGCUGGAGCGGGACAUGGAGACCUUCGCCACCGAGUUCAUCUCGCAAGCCAGGUCAACUGAGGAGAUCAUGACAGUGCUGACCCAUCCGGAUCAGGACAACGUGUUACUGGGAGAGAACACCUCACACACACCGCUACCCAAAAUAACGAGAGCCCUCGACCUUGGGUUGCAAAAGUUCAUCUCCCACCCGAACUGCCAGCAGGUCAUAAUCACCCAGUUCUACCGGCGGCUUCUCUUCAUCCGCGACAAGAAGGCCUUCUACCGGUUCCUCGUGUUCGCCUUGUUGUUUCUUCUCUACCCGGUGCUGGCCGUUGUCCACGUCUACUCGUCUCGCAAGAAGUUGAAAACCUUCGUUCGCAUCCCCAUUGUCAUGUUCAUCAUGUAUUUGGCCUCUGACCUGACCUUUGUGACCUUGCUGACCUUGGAGGCCACCAGUGACGGAGGGGAGGCCCACAAUCCUAGCAUCAGUCGGCCCUACAGUGUCGUCGGUAUGGUCUGGAUCAUAGGUAUGAUGUGGCGAGAGAUCGAAUGCAUCGCAGCCAGGGGGUUAAGAAAGGUCAUGACCCAGUGGGAACACAUCCGGGACACCCUGAUCAUCCUUCUGUUCCUUCUGGGCGUGUCGCUGGAAGUCUUCUCUUAUUCCAUGGAAGAUCCGGCAUCUCUUAAUGGAGUACAGGCGGCAUCUCUAAAUGGAGUACAGGCAACGUCCGACUAUACCCGAGUCAGGCGGUCAGUCGAAGCGCCUCCAACGGCCGUAGCAAGAAACUUUACGGACGGCAAAUUUGCCGACAUCGAGGACUACGUGGUGGGUGAGCUGGAACAGUCGCACCCGGACAUGAACGAGACGUCCAAGGCGCACAUCCGAUUGGUGGUCGGUCGCGUGCUGAACUACACGGCCCGGCGCAGGACUGGCGGAAAGGGGUCGUUCAAAGAGGACGAGGUUGACAGGGGCCCCACCGCCCCCAUCGAUGGAAAGCAACGCCAGUUUGUCAGCCGAGGCUGGAACCACCCGCAGAUAAUGGCUCGCGCCUUGCUGGCCCUGGCAACGGCCUUCACUGUGCUGCGCAUGCUCCCCUACGUCGUCAUCAGCGAUCUGAUUGGACCGCUGCAGAUCUCCCUGGUUAGCAUGACAAUAAGGACGUCCCACUUCUUCAUCGUGGUGGGGACGGUCCUGGCGUCCUUUGCCGUUGGACUGACGCUGGUGUACUCGUAUUUCAACCGCGUAGAGUACGUCAGUUGUCUGAAAACGACGGAGAAUCCCGACAACUGUAAGGUCGGAAGUUUUGCAAGCAUAUUUCAGACCUUGAUCACCCUGUAUUGGUCCGUCUUCGGAUUGAUGCCCAUGUCCGAUUUGCAUCUCCCGGAGAACGCGGUCGUCAUGGAGACCGCUGGUUCCCUGCUCUACGCGUCUUUCUACGUACUGUUGAUCAUCGUGCUGCUCAACGCGCUCAUCGCUGUCUGGAGCAACGUCUACAACGAAAUUGAGGAAAACGCCGAUCAACAGUGGAAGUUCUCCUGCACGGCAAUGUGGAUGGCGUACAUGCAGGAGGAUCUUCGCGUACCUCCUCCCUUCAACCUCCUGCCGACCAAGAGCGGCUUGCGGCGCCUCGUCUCUCUCUUCUCCAAGCGGGGCCGCUGGGCAGAGAUCACCGUGGAUGACAUCAACAGGAUUUACGACGACAAGUGGCUGCGCACGGAGGGCGUGCGUCUUUUCAUUGAUGGAAAUAAGAGGAUGAAUAAACAACUAGAGGAGCAAGUCAACUACAGCCGGGUGAUUGCACGGCUGCUGGAGCGCUAUGUGACCGAGAAGACGGCCGGAGCUUGCAGUACGACAGCCGACAUCACGAAGAUUGACCUCCGAAACCUCAAGAAUGACCUGAUCGCUCUGAGGUAUGAUACUUUCCUGAAACUUUGCCACGUGCACGAUGAACUGGUAGCCGCCUCCAUGGAGUGUUUCCACAUCAAGGGCCAGUCCGGCAACGUGCCGAUGAUCUUAGACAGAGCCGAGGACAUAAGCUCCAACCUCUUCCACAACCUGCACCACACCUUGGACUUCCAGACCUCCCUGGCCGACACCGUGUCCAAGCUGCCGCCGCCGCCGCCCACGCCGCCGCCCUCCCCGCCGGUUCCACCGGGGCGCUUGCGCUCGCCGUCCCCGGAGCCUGAGCCACCCGAGGCGGCGCGGAAUCCGCGCGCGCCCGAGCCGCGGAAAGGCGUGCGGAAGAUCGUGGUAAGGUUGGUCAAGCAGUUUGAGACGGGUCAGAUCGGGCCCAAGGCGAGCUUGACCCGGCGGUCCUCCAUGUCAUCGGACGGAUACACCUUUUACUGAAUCAAGAUUUUUCUCUCACUAUUUGGGCUUUUGGACUCUAUUUUGUAGGGAUGACUAUUAUUUAAUGCUAGGGUCACACAUUCCCGAAUUAUCGCCACGAAUACCCCGAUCUAUCCCGAAUACAAUUUUUUGAUGGCAUCGGGAGGAAUUUUCCCCGAUUCGCUGUCAGUAAGAAAAACUUAAAAAUAAAACAAUAAUAAUCAAGAACUAUACAAAUUGGAAACCUAAUCAGACCGGACAUGUCAAAAGUUGUUGAGCACUUUCCGAUCGUUAACGAUCUUUCACCGAAUAAACAGAAUCAUCCGGAAGCAGCCAAGAACCAUUUCCCGAUUACUACUCAAGAAUUGCUAUUCGCGGCGAUUCGGCUUAAAAAUCGGGAAUGUGUGAACCUGGCAUAACAAGCGAUUUCCGUCACACAUUCUGUAAAGAAAAUUAUCGCUUUUUACUCUCAACCUUUCAUAUUGUCAAACUAGAACGACUAGAGGAUUUAGAGAGAAAAUUCCCUCAAAUUUUAGCUUGAAAUAAUCUGAUAAAAGAACCAAUCAAAUAUAAACUCGAGUGAAAACUCUUUUCUUUUUUUAUAAAACGUCUGGUGUAGUUUCAGUCAAUGAAUUUUCACUCUUUUGAAAUAUACAGAGAAAAUAUUAUUCUACAAGAUUGUCCUCACGGUAUUUGCAUGUUUUGCGGUCCUCUUAGCUUUGCACUAUAGUAUAGCAUACUAUGCAAAACAAUUCAGCAUAACGCCUUACUAUUUCUUUUCAUACUAGCUCGUUGAACAGGUUUUUGAGAGUUAUGGUAAUCUAUUGUACAGUAAAGACCUAAACCGUAUGGUACUAUGUAUCGGGCAUUCGUCUUGUUUAGCAGUUUUCACUGUUCAGGUUCAGCCUUGUUUAUUUCCACAGUAUCGAAACAAUACUUACAAAAGCAAUCAGAGAAAAUCAAAUCAAUAGAUGCAAAAUCAUUGUGAUAUAAUUGUGAUGAUAGAGGGAUCCGUUUGAGAAGCCAAGCUUGGAGUCAAUUAUGCGCGUGCAUUGAGACAGGA